AUGGGGCCACCUUCUAUUUUUAAUACGGAAAAUGAAGUGACAAAGGUUAAGACUUCAUCAACUAAAAGUAUAUUAAAGCAACCCGCUUAUAUAAUACGACAAGUUUUAAGAAAAAGGCGUAAAAAGGAAAGGAAUAAAGCAGCAUUGUAUCAAGCAGAUCUUAACAACAUUAAUAACUCCAAUAGAAGGAAUAGCGAAAAUGGGAUCAAUAUUAAUGGAACUCACGAUAAUAUAGAAAUUAACACAAAUACUUUAGGAAACAUUGGAUCUAUAGAAAACACAACAAACAAUAUUAAAAAUAGGAAUAAAAACUCAUUUCAGCAUAUUGAAGAGAACACUAAUAAUUAUGAGAUGGAAAAUUAUGUUAAUCAUUUUAAUGAUGCGGAAUUAGGUGGAAAUAACAUAAACUAUGAUUAUCAACAAUAUAUUGCAAGAGCUUAUAUGGAAAACUUGUCGGAACAGAGGGCACCUCAAAAUUUGGCCACUAGUAACAACAUUCAGGAGAAUGAAAAUGGUGUUAUUAAUAAUGUUGUUGAUGUUAAGAAUGUUAAUAAUAACGAUGGUCCUUGCGAUGAUGGUGAGAAUGCUUUCGUCAAUGGGAAUACUAACACUAAUAAUAUCGAUAAUAAUAUUGCAAAUAUGGACUUUAAUGAUUAUUUAUAUGGAACUAGUAGAGAUUACAAUGAUGAUGAAGACGAAGACGACGAUAUUGACUCAGAGUUUUUCGGUAGACCUGCCGAGCCUCAAUCAAGUAAAAUGUCAUUUAUAGUCGGCUUAUUUGUUGCUGUAGGCGGGUUUUUAUACGGUUACGAUACAGGACUAAUUAACAGUAUUACGGAUAUGCCAUAUUUAGUAGAACAUUUCACAACAAACCCAAGUAGGGAAUUCACAGCACAGCAGGUUUCUAUACUGGUGUCCUCUUUAUCUUUGGGUACCUUUUUUGGUGCCUUAUCUGCACCCUUAAUUGCUGAUAAUUAUGGAAGAAGAAUAUCUAUUUUGCUAAGUACAUUUAUAGUUUUCAUUGCUGGGAACACUUUACAAAUUUGUGCAAAUGGAUUAGCACUAUUGUGCGUUGGUAGAGUUAUAUCAGGAUUGGCAGUUGGUUUAAUAUCUGCCGUGCUUCCCUUGUACCAAGCAGAAACUGUACAAAAAAAAAUACGUGGUGCUAUUAUUUCUACGUAUCAAUGGGCAAUUACAUGGGGUCUAUUGGUCAGCAGUGCUGUCUCGCAAGGGACCUAUUCUCUUAACAGUUCUGCUAGCUAUAGAAUUCCUAUUGGCCUACAAUUUGUUUGGACUCUUAUUUUGGGAUCAGGAAUGAUUUUUUUACCCGAAAGUCCCAGAUAUUAUGUGUUAAAAGACCAAUUGAAUAAAGCUGCUGAAUCUUUGUCGUUUUUGAGAGGCGUUCCGGUAGACGAUACGGGGUUACUAGAAGAGUUGGUCGAAAUCAAAGCAAAUUAUGAUUAUGAACUUUCAUUUAAAUCAGAUUCUUUGAAGGACUGUUUUAUUUCAAGCAAAGUUAGAUAUAAACAAACGUUAAGGAUGUUUACUGGUAUUGCCAUCCAAACAUUCCAACAGUUUUCAGGGAUUAAUUUUAUCUUUUACUAUGGUGUGAAUUUUUUUAGCAGAACUGGUAUUGAUAGAAGCUAUCUAGUUUCGUUCAUCACUUAUGCAGUUAAUGUUGUGUUCAAUGUCCCUGGGUUGUUUUUGGUUGAUUUUAUAGGUAGAAGGAAGUUACUAAUUAGUGGCGGGAUCAUGAUGACCAUUGCCAAUUUUAUUGUUUCUAUUGUGGGUACCUGCUUAAAUUCUGUGGUUGCCGAUAAGGUCAUGAUUGCUUUUAUUUGUGUAUUUAUUGCCAGUUUCAGUGCCACAUGGGGUGGUGGUGUUUGGGUAAUAUCUGCUGAAUUAUAUCCAUUGGGUGUUAGAUCCAAGUGUACUGCCAUUUGUGCAGCUGCUAAUUGGUUAGUAAACUUUAUUUGUGCGAUCAUUACUCCCUACUUAGUUGACACAGGAUCACAUACGUCCUCGUUGGGUGCAAAAAUAUUUUACAUAUGGGGCUCAUUAAAUGCAGCAGGUGUUUUAGUUGUUUAUUUUACUGUUUAUGAAACCAGCGGGUUGACGUUAGAAGAAAUAGAUGAAUUAUAUAGAUUGUCUCCAAACGCGAUGGGAUCAUCCAGUAUCAAUAAGAAGAUUAGAAUGAAUUCAAUAACACCAUUAUCCUCCAAUGGCCCGGGCUCAAUGAUGUUGAUGAGCCAGGCCGACUCCGCAAAUCAUAGAUAUGUGCACCCUACAAUAAAUGAUAAUAACGAUGACAACGACAUGAAUCUGGAAGAUGGUAAAAGGCUAACUAAUACUAGUAAUGACCAUACAUCUAAAUCAACAAGCAGUAACACGGGAAUUCAAUAUUCUGAACCCAUAAACGAUAUCAACAAUCGAAACAAUAAUAUGUGUACUAUAGAUAAGGGUAUUAAAGAUAAGAACCCUGAAGAACAUCAAAUCGAAGAAAAUACUAAUGAUACCGUUGCUCGCCACGAUGAGAACAUGGGUACUGUAGUUGAUAAUAAUAGGAUCGUAUAUGAAUCAUCUGGGGUGAAUAUGGAUAACAAUUUAACGCAACCGAUGCAUAGAAAAGGGUCUAUGCUAUCCAAUUUAUCUACAAGUUCAUUUGACAAUAAUUUGCAUACGUAUGUUGACUUGGGUAAUGGUUUGGGAUUGAAUGCUUAUAAUAGGGGGCCACCUUCGUUAACAUCAGAUAAUGAUGAUCCAACUGAAGACAUAGGUGGACAGGAUUUAUCAAAUAAGUUAACUGAUUUUUUUCGUACUGAUUUUUUCAUGGAUAAACCGAAUACUAUGAGUAAUACUAAUAACAACGGUAGUGUUAAUACAAAAGACAAUAAUACUAAUACAAUGUCCAUAAAAUCUAUGAACACUAAUUGUUUAGACCUAAACAAAGUUGAAAGAACUAUUAGUAAUGUUAAUAGUAACAAAAACAACAAUAACGGUACUAAAACUUCAAUGAAGAUAAAUUCGAACCCAUCCACUAAAUCUGCAUCAUCUUCGCCUGACGUUAAAAGUUUCGAUACCAACGUUAAUUCGAAUAACGAUACUACUGAUGCUUCUAAUUUACCUGAAUUUUUUAAAUAUAAGAAUAAUAACAACAAUAUACAUAAUGCCAAUAGUUACAACGAUGAGUUAGAUAGAUUCAAAAGUUAUUCUACUGGUUCCAAGUAUAAGCCUAGCAACACCUCUUUUGAUGAACAACGUGAUCAUAAUGGGAACGUUUAUAACAAUGAUUUUAAUGAGUAUAUGGCACAUUUGAUAAAUAGUAACAACAACACUAAUAGUGAUAAUUUUAAUAAUAUAAACAAUAAAAGUUCCACCUCUGCAUCUGAAAAACAUAAUGGUAGCAAUUUUUCCAAUAAUAAUAAUAAUAUUACGGCACCAAGUAUUAACUUUGGAAACAUUAUAAAUAAUACGGCGAAUAUUAAUGGAAAUGACAAAUAA